AUGUUGAAGAAGCAUGUAUUUCAUCAACGUUUUUGUCUCCCUUAUUACCCUCAAACAACUGGUCAAGUUGAGGUGUCAAAUCGUCAAAUCAAGUUGAUUCUUGAGAAGACGGUUGCUAGAAAUAGAAAGGAUUGGGCGGACAAACUUGAUGAUGCCUUGUGGGCAUAUCGAAUGACAUUUAAGAGUGCUAUUGGAACUACCCCAUAUUGUCUUGUUUAUGGAAAAUAUUGCCAUCUUACGGUGGAACUUGAACAUUGUGCUAUUUGGGAAAUUAAGAAAAUCAACUUUGACUUGGCGAGUGUAGGAGAGCAACGAUGGUUAGAUCUUACUGAGUUAGAGGAGCUUCGUCUUCAUGCAUAUGAGUGUGCUAGCACCUACAAAGCGCGUUCUAAAGAAGCUCAUGACAAGCUUAUCGAGAAAAAGGGGUUUUGUGUGGUUGACAAGGUCCUCCUCUACAAUUCCAAGAUUAUGUUGUUCCCCGGAAAGCUCAUGUCUAGAUGGAGUAGUCCUUUCAUAGUGUAA